AUGGCUCGACCACGGGAAGGCGGCACUCCGCGCAAGCCCUAUAGCAGCACAGAUUCAUCAGCUGAGGAGUUCGAAAGUAGCAGGAGCAACGCCUCAAGCACAGCUCUGCAGCUCCCAGAAAUUGGAACAUCAGAACACGAUAUAACAUUGAAUUAUUACGCCACAGAACAUAGCUUUGACCAGGAGCGGCUAGAAGGGUCGAGCCUGGUUGACCGCUGGCUUUGCCAGUUCACAGGGGCCGGAGUGAACGCUCCAUCUGUCCCUGCAUCUGUCGUUGAAUUUUAUGACAAAUCAUACCACUAUCUACAACAGAGCUACUUUUACAAGAUGAUAGAGCAUGUAAGUCCAGGGUCAGCCACGCUCUGGACGCAGACUCAAGUCCAGGAUGCUGCAUCUUUGCAUGGGCUCUAUGCAGCCGGGAGUGCUGUAGCCGUACGCUUGGCGCCUGAUAAUGGUGCAAAGACCAAAUUGAGGACAAUUGCACGAGAAUAUUACACUCGAUCAUUGAUGAUCAUGCAAGUCAGAAUACAGAAUGGUGAAAACUUGGAGAGGAUUGCAUACGAUACUGCCAGCCUACUCGUGUAUACAUCUGCCUUGAACGAUUGGCCCUCUUAUCGAGUUCACCUGGAUGGCAUGAGGCAUAUUGUUAUGCUUCUGGGAGGUGUGGGACCUGUGAAUCUUGCAGUGCGACUAUUGUUGCUGGUAGGCGAGUCUCAAGCUGCGAGCCAUAUGCUUACCCGAUCUACUUCCAGGCCCCUCGAGUGGGGCACACCUUCCUGGCACGCGAAUCCUGACUUGGCGGAAGCUAGGCAUCUGUUCAAGAUUGACAAUGUCCAGCGGCAUGCUCUGGCACCUGGUGGCAUAAUACAGCCAUCUGUGGAUAGGCUCUUGAAAGAGAUCCAGGACUUUCAUUCCAUUCUGACUCAAUGUUGCAUGAGUGAGAAUGCGCUCAACACGAUGGAUAAUGCCCGUCGCUGGCUUACCAUGAAGUUCUUCGCUCUUACACAAAGGAUAGUCAACGUCUACUGCGACAGUUCCCAGAACAAGCUCUUUCGGACACAGAAUGACUUUAUCAACUCCAUCGAAGGUCUUGAGCGGGCCUUUCUAGUCGCUUUACUCUGUUACCACCAAUGUGUGUAUUAUGCGAAAACCAAUCCAUCAUUGCUCUCCUCUCGUCAUGUUCCAUUUCAUCAUGUCAAGAGGCAUUUGGAACAGUUUACAGGAAAUCCGGAGCAUCUGAAGACGAUCGCGAGUCCCGAAGUGUUAGAGGCCUUGACCUGGAUAUCAUUCGUGGCCACAUACGAGGAUGGUCUCAAUGAAGGCGACUUGAUCCAUGGUGGAGUUUCUGGUUGGAGUUCCAACUUCUGUCAUCAAAUGAUCUCACUUCAACAGACCUCGAUCAGAACCGGCAAUGAUCUCCGAAAUCAGCUAAUGAAGGUAUCAUACUGUGACUCUGUGUUUGGCCCUUCUCUCCACCGCCUUUGGGACCAGAUGCACAGGCGAAAAGGCCCUCAUACAUAUUGA